CAUAAACAUCUUCCAGAACCAGGAUCCAGCUUUGUGUCAUUUAAGAGCAACACGUCAAAGGAUAAAAAAAUAGAUUUUCAAACUUCUGAAUCUCCAUCCAGAGAAAGAAUGGACCAGCAGAGCUCAGAGUUUACCAGCGGUGUGUCUGACCAGCAGCAUCAAACUCACCUGGACUCAGUAUUCAUGCUGCUGGAGGAUUUAAUUUGCACUUUUGUAAAGAAUGAGCUGAAGAAGAUCCAGAAGAUUCUUUGUACAGAUCAGCAAGAAACCGCAAAGAGUCAAAGAGAUAAUGAGGACUUGAAGGGCAUGAAUGGCGAGCAAAAUAGAAGCAGCAGAGAGGCACUGAUGAAGAUCACAGUGAACUUCCUGAGGAUGAUGAAUCAGGAGGAGCUGGCUGACCAUCUGCAGAGCAAAUUCUUCUGUCAAGAAGAACUUAAAUCUGUUCUGAAGCAGAAGUUCCAGUCUGUGUUUGAGGGAAUCGCUAAAGCAGGAAGUCCAACCCCUCUGAACCAGAUCUACACAGAGCUCUACAUCACAGAGGGAGGAACUGGAGAGGUCAAUGAUGAACAUGAGGUCAGACAGAUUGAAGCAGCAUCCAGGAAACCAAACAGACCAGAAACAAUAAUCAGACCAGAAGACAUUUUUAAAGUCAGACCUGGAAGAGAUCAACCAAUCAGAACAUCACUGCAGACCAAUCAGAGUCUCCUGAAAGGUCUGCUGACACAGACAGGAAGUAGCUCCCAGACCAAUCAGAAAACAGUUCAGUACAUCAAGAAGAAGAUCAGUGAGAAUGUUUCUGCAGAGAAAAGCAUCAAUCUGUUCCACUGUCUGAAUGAACUGAAGGAUCGUUCUCUGGUCCAGGAGAUCCAACGGUCUCUGGGGUCAGGAAGUCUCUCUACACAUCAACUGUCUCCUGCUCAGUGGUCAGCUCUGAUUUUCAUCUUAGUGUCAUCAGGAGAAGAUCUGGAUGUGUUUGACCUGAAGAAGUACUCUGCGUCAGAGGAAGUUCUUCUGAGGCUGCUUCCAGUGGUUAAAGCCUCCAACAAAGCUCUAUUGAGUGGUUGCAACCUCUCAGAGGAAAGCUGUGCAGCUCUGUCCUCAGUUCUCAGCUCCCAGUCCUCUAGUCUCAGAGAACUGGACCUGAGUAUCAACUACCUGCAGGAUUCAGGAGCGAAGCUUCUCUCUGCUGGCUUGAGGAGUCCAAACUGCAAACUAGAAACUCUCAGGUUGUCAGGCUGUCUGAUCUCAGAGGAAGGCUGUGCUUCUCUGGCCUCAGCUCUGAGAUCCAACCCCUCCCAUCUGAAAGAGUUGGACCUGAGCUACAACCAUCCAGGAGAGUCAGGAUUGAAGCUGCUGUCGGCUGGACUGAAGGAUCCAGGGUGGGGUCUGGACGAUCUCAGGGUGGAGCCUGCUGGAGUCCAAUGGUUGACACCAGGUUUGAGGAAGUAUUCCUGUCAACUUAUCAUCGACGCAAACACAGUGAGCAGAAAACUCAAAGUGUCCAACAGCAACAGGAAGGUGACCUACGUGGAGGAGGCUCAGCCAUAUCCUGACCAUGAAGACAGGUUUGAUGUUCCUCAGCUGCUGUGUUCAUCUGAACUGACUGGCCGCUGUUACUGGGAGGUAGACUGGCAGAAAACGGUUUAUGUAUCAGUGAGUUAUAGAAGAAUCAGAAGGAAAGGAGAAGAAAAUGAAGUCUGUUGGUUUGGAUGGAAUGAUCAGUCCUGGAGGCUGAGCUGCUCUGAUCUUGGUUACUAUAUUUGGCACAAUAACAAACCAAUAUUCAUCACCUCCUCCACCUCCUCCUCCUCCUCGUCCUCCUCCUCGUCUGUCUCUAACAGAGUAGCAGUCUAUGUGGACUGUCCUGCUGGCAUUCUGUCCUUCUACAGAGUCUCCUCUGACUCUCUGAUCCACCUCCACACCUUCAACACCACAUUCACUGAACCUCUGUAUCCUGGGUUUGGCUUCUGGCGGUCAAAUCCAGGUUCCUCUUUGUUUUUUUGUUGAGUUUAAUCUAAAUUGCCUCAUUCUGUUAGAGAAAUGCUGUCACUAUUAACCAGAUAAAUUAGUCUGUGCAUGUCUGCCAGUUUUUUCAGAAACAUGUUUUUAGAUUGAUUAAUUGUUGCUUUUCUAUUUGUUUCCAGUCAAAGCAGCAAACUGAAUGUCAGUAUUUUUUUCUUUCUCUGUUCUCAAUCUGCUCUACGUAUAAAAACUCUCAUUCUUCGGAGCAUUUAAGAUUCACACACAACAUAUCAGUGAUGCAGGCUCGGACUGGU